ACGUGUUGCUGCUCUUGAAGAACUUUUUUCUUUUUUGAAUCAUACAAUUACACAUAUACAAACGAACAAACAAACAACGCGGUUUACCUACAAUAUUACUUUAAUACAAUUCAACACAAUUCAAUCGAAUUAAAUCAACCUCUACAAUAACAAACAACAAAUAAUUCAUAAUGUCCGACAACACCUCAACUCUUCAAUCAUAUGUUGAUUCUGCCAAGGGUACAGCACAAUCUGUACUUGGAUCUGUGACCGGUAGCACCGCUGACAAAGUAUGUCUUUUACCCUUUCCAUGCACCCACAACUCACACCCACAAACUCUACCCCCAAGCCCCAACUAACCCCUCCCCCAGGAAGCCGCCGCCCAAAAAAAAGACAAAGCGUCCCUCGAACAUGACGCCUCGCACGCCGGGGCCUCAAUAGGCGGCUACUCCGUCUCCUCUAGCGGAGCCAUUGCGGAAAACGAUCCCGCACGCCAAGAAGGAUCCUGGAACCAAACGGUUGGAUCAGGAAAAGAAUUCAUAGGUGGACUGCUCGGAGCGGAGGAAUUGAGAAAGGAAGGGAGAGAACAGAAUGCUGCGGGUAGGGGACAGCAGGCGCAGGGACAGUUGAAUGAUCUUGGGAGUGGGGUGAAGGAUAGGGUUAAGGAGUGUGGGGAGAAGGUGGCGGGGUGACCGGGGAUAGGGAGGAGGAGGAGAGGAAGAGGGAGUUGCAUGAUGUUGGGAAGUCGAGGCAGAGGGGGGUGGAGAGUGAGUUGCAGAGGAGGCGUAGGGGUUUUCUUUUGUGGGUUUGAGGAGAGGAGAG